GACCAAAAUCAAACACCUUAGAAUGUGUGAGAACUCAAUAAGCCAUCUGGAGAACAAGUAGGUGAAAGGGAUACUCUCCUAAUGGCCUCUGUGAAUAUCUUGGUUGCUUUUGCCAUUUUUGUAGUUGCUUUUCCUUCAACUUCGGCAACAGAGUUUGUCGUCGGGGAUGCCCUAGGAUGGAGAUUGGGCGUGGAUUACAGAGCAUGGGCUUCUGGGAAAACGUUCGUCGUCGGCGAUACACUCGUUUUCAAUUACACAGGAACUCACAGUGUGGUGAUCGUGAAUGAAAUAAACUACCAGCAAUGUACGGUGCCAACCGGGGCCGCACCUCUGACUUCCGGCGACGACGUAAUCACGCUGGCCACUUCAGGGAGCCAGUGGUACAUAUGUGGCAUUCCCUUGCACUGCCCAUCAGGAAUGAAGCUAGCCAUCACUGUUUCACCAGCUGGAUCAGCGAUUCCAGUCGGAUCACCUUCAUCCACCUCUGGUGCUGGAUCUCCUCCUCCUCCUCCUCCCCCGGCAGGCACCACUGCACCUCCUCCAUCGGCAGCUGCUGGGAUGGCUUUCUCCCGGUGCCAUGCUUGGUUUGUUGGAGCUCUCAGCAUCCUCAUGAUGAUCAUGGCUUAAUGUUGGAGCGCCAUUUCUAAAAAGAAUCAGAGUGUUUGUUUUCCUCAUAUAAUGGUGCGGUUUAUUCAAUGUGGUUCGAAAAGUUUUCAAUUCAUUCAUCACCAUUCACUUCUUUUUUCUCGAUCUUCUUAACUGUUUUUCCACAGAAAAUAAAGCUUGUAUUGUUUGGUUUGGUAA